AACAGGACGACAUGAAAUCCUUGAUGAACCAGUUAAUGUGUUAACGAGCUCUGAACAGGUGAAACAGUCGGCAGCUGACUCCUCAGUGGUCGGUGUGAAUCAGUUACCGUGGUAACCACUCAGGUUCUUUAACGAGACUCUUAUCUUUGAUCUUUAAUCAGCGCUGACGGAUAGGAAGUCUCUGUCACAAUAAGAGCUGACGGACGGUUGGCUGGUAGAUAAACAGGUGAACAGACAGGUGGUAGCAGGCGUCCAAUCAGAUUCUGCUUCAAUCAGACAGGAACAGAUAGAAGCAUGACACCUGCUGACACGAUGCUGUUAGAGGUAAGAGGUUAGCUCAGUGGUUCUCAACUACGGUCGCCAGACCAUCGGGGGAGUCACAUGAUACGUUCCAUAGGUCACAACAAUAAGAGAAGAAGAAAAAACGAUUUGACUGUUUUGACUUUUGUUUCUAUGGUGAAAUAUUGGACAAUUUUAAUUUUCAGAUGUCUGAAAACUGUUGAAAAUGUUUGGUGAUGUUUUAGUGGUGUACUUCAGAGAUAAAGACCCCCUUCACACCUGGUAUUAAAUGUGUUUUGGGUGAUUGGAUAGUUCUUGACCAUUGUGAUUGUGAUCCGAUCAGCCAAACCACCUCCCAAGGUAGACAGGGACAAGUUGUGACAACAGACUGUAUAUAAAGAUGGCAACAGCCAAAAACCAAGAUGGCGUUGGCCAAAAAACCAAGAUAGCGACGACCAAAAACCAAGAUGGCAUUGGCCAAAAAACCAAGAUAGCGACGACCAAAAACCAGUGAGAGAGCAGCAGUAAAGUAAAGUUAUUGAACUGCUUCAAAUAAAAGUAUUUCUCUGCAUUCAGAUCAACAUUCAUUCAUUCAUGCAACACAACAUGACAUCAUCCAGUAAGACUGCAUUGGCCAAUCAAAUACUGUAGAUGCAAGCAUACAUUCCUGGUGAAGGACUGUUUACCUCACAGUUGCCGUGACAACAGAUACAAUAGCCUCUGUGAGAUCAAACUGCUUUGAAACAUGUUGGACUGUCCAAACACUCACAACCUUCUUCUUCUUCUUCUUCUUCUUCUUCUUCUUCUCUGCAGGAUGUCAGGUAACUGGUCUGUCGGGAGGCUGUCAUCACUGGCUCCACCCUCCAUCUCUGUGGCCACGCCCCCUCCCAACAGCUCCCAGUUCCCCCCUCUCACAGACUGGGAGGCUCCCAGCUUCACCCGGGCCGCUCAGUUCCGUGUCGGAGCCACCUUCGUCCUCUUCCUGUUUGCCGCCUGCAGUAACGUCGCCCUAUUGGUCAGUGUGUGGCGUGGGCGUGGCCGGCGGUUGGCGUCUCACCUGCGGCCGCUGAUGUUGAGCCUGGCGUCAGCCGACCUGAUGAUGACAUUUGUGGUGAUGCCUCUGGACGCGGUGUGGAAUGUGACGGUGCAGUGGUACGCUGGAGACGCGCUCUGUAAGCUGCUCUGCUUCCUGAAGCUGUUCGCCAUGCAUGCCUCCGCCUUCAUCCUCGUCGUCAUCAGCCUUGACCGCCAGCACGCCAUCCUGCACCCACUGGACACUCUGAGCGCGCACCGCAGGAACCGACGCAUGCUGCUGCUGGCCUGGAGCCUCAGCCUGCUGCUCGCAUCACCACAGCUGUUCAUCUUCCGGGCGAUCAGGAUGGAGGCCGCAGACUUCACUCAGUGUGCGACGCACGGCAGCUUCAGCCGCCGCUGGCAGGAAACUGUCUACAACAUGUUCCACUUCACCACGUUGUACGUCGUCCCCCUGCUGGUGAUGAGCUGCUGUUACAGCCGCAUCCUGCUGCACAUCCACCUGCAGCACCUGAGAGAAAAAGCAGGUGAGUCGUACCUGCGUCGCAGCGGCACCGACAUCAUCCCGAAGGCUCGGAUGAAGACUCUGAAGAUGACAGUGGUCAUCGUCCUGUCCUUCGUGGUGUGCUGGACGCCGUACUACCUGCUGGGGAUCUGGUACUGGUUCCAGCCCGACAUGCUGCGCGUCACACCUGAGUACGUGCACCACGGCCUCUUCGUGUUCGGGAACCUGAACACCUGCUGCGACCCCGUCAUCUACGGCUUCUACACGCCGUCCUUCAGGGCCGACCUCGCCGCCUGCUGCCGCAGGACGAGGAGGGACGCUUCGCUGCGAUCUCCGGACCGACGGUCCGCCAGGCAGGGUCUUCACAGCGGGGAGCACGAGGCGGGCCCCGCCACCAACAACCAGGCGGGAGACUGACCAAUCAGAGGACAGGAGUUAAUGAUGUCACAUGAACACUGUCAGAGUGUGAAAACCUGAACUGGAUCAGCUGAAGUUGGAUCAGGACUCUGAGUCUGUCAGCUGGAUCUGGACUCUGUCUGCCCCCCUGGUGGACAAAAAUCACCUCCUGCAGCUUUAACAGGACAAUAACGUCUUUAUUAUGAUUCUGUUGGGAAGAGUUCAAUUAAUUUAGGAGUUUUUAUUGAUUGAUUUAUUAAUUUUAUUCUCAUAUUGAUCGUCAGUCAUUUAAUCAAAUGAAAGUGAAUCUGUUUCUUCAUCACGUUAAAGAGCAACUUAACUUCCUGUAAAUCUGACCUUCACUGGUUUAACUUAUCACCUGUACUCCAGUACACUGUGUAUAUAUAUAUAUAUAUAUAUAUAUAUAUAUAUAUAUAUAUAUAUAUAUAUAUAUAUAUA